CUGCUUCCUCCAUUUCAGGCUCGAAGAAGUCGGAGCGCCACUGCACUCCUACCUUGGAAGUCUUAAUACCCACCUGCAUAUCCUCACUUUAAUUAAUCCUAUAGCUUGCGUUUAUUCAUAUCUAGUCCACCAUGUCAGCCUCAAACACACCGAAGACAAUGUCGAGUCGGCUCAUGACAAUGAAGUUCAUGCAGCGCUCUGCUGCUAAAACUACAUAUUCAGGUCUAUCGACACCGAAUGGACCACUAUCGAAACGCAUUCGUGUAUCUGACGUCACCCCCGCUCCAGGUCCCCUGUACACUCCAGAUCACGAAACCAUACAAGCCGCACUUGCAGCAGAGGAGAAAAAAAGGCAAAAUGCGCUUGACAAGGCUGCUGCGAAAGCCGGCGAGACAAAAUGGGUGUUGAGCUUCAAGGACCUACAAGAGAUAUCUAGACCCCAAGCAAUGAGUGUCGCGUAUGCAGGGUUUGCGGCCAUUGAUGCGGAUGAUGAUGAGAGCGAUGAGGGCGAAAUGAAGCCGGUCAGGAUGCAAUUUGGGGGGGGUGUGAAGAAGGAGACGUCGACUGCGACCGAGGGUUCCGGGUCGGAUUCUGACUCAAAAUCUGAGUCCGAUGACUGUGAUUCGGAGGAUGCAACUGCAGCACUCAUACGAGAGACGAAGCGUGAGGCUGCUCCGAAGUCACGUGAAGCUCGAAAGACUCAGAAGAAAGAGCCUCCCAAACGAGCGCCCUUCAAGAUUGACGAAGACAUGGAUCUCGGUGGUCUCACUUCGAUUUCGGGCGGAUUGAGUAGCGGCGGGCGUGGGAAUAAUAGCAUGACGUGCUACAAUUGUGGAAAACAAGGACACAUAAAUAGGGACUGUCUGCAGCCAAAGGCUCCUCGAGGCUCUGCUGGAAGAGGCAGAGGCAGGGGUCGGCGGUGAACCAACAUAAGCAAUUCACAGAG